CUAUUCAUUGAAAUAGCUGUAAAAAAAGAGUCGUUGCUGUUGGUAAGCAUAGCCCCCCUUUGCGCACAGGCGCAGUAACGUAAACAUAUUCGGCUUCCGUUUAUUCGCUGGCAAGAUUAUUUAAAAUAAUAGAGAAUCUAGGACUAGAUACAAGAGACUUGACUAGAUCUAGAAUAUUAAUCUAGAUUUAGAUCAUCUGGUCUAGAGACCUGGUGUCUGUCUUAUUGACCAAUUCAUUGAUUAUGCUGGACUUAUAAAAUAUUUAAAAAGUGUGUUUUAGUAACUAUGUCCUACACAAAAGUCUCGCCACCUGUGUCACCUACACCGACACUGUCACCUUUUUCAAGUAGAUCUAGUAGCAAUGGCAGUACAGCCUCACAGAAACGAGAAUCACAUCUUACUGCAACUGCAAAAAGGCAGAAAUAUUUUAGACGUCUGCUUAAGUUCCGACAGAUGGACUUUGAAUAUGCAUUCUGGCAAAUGAUUUAUCUUUUUAUAUCUCCACAAAAAGUUUACAGAAACUUUCAAUACAGAAAACAAACAAAGGAUCAGUGGGCCAGAGAUGAUCCAGCAUUUCUUGUUUUACUUACAUUUUGGCUUUGUGCCUCUUCCAUUGGUUUCACAUUAGCUUUAAAUCUUGGCAUUCUUGGAUUUAUCAAAUUUCUAUUGUGGGUGAUAUUUGUGGAUUGUAUUGGAGUUGGUCUGUUGAUAGCUACUCUCUUCUGGUUCAUAAGUAAUCGCUACAUGUUGAUCAAUCCACCUAGAGGCCAAGAUGUGGAGUGGGGUUAUGCUUUUGAUGUGCAUCUCAACGCUUUCUUUCCCCUGCUUAUGAUCUUACAUUUUUUCCAGCUACCAUUUCUAACUUUUUUUAUCAACAAAGAAAUGUUUCUGUCAAGAUUUUUUGGCAACACAUUAUGGUUGCUGGCCAUUGGUUAUUAUAUCUACAUCACAUUUCUGGGCUAUAGUGCUCUGCCAUAUUUGAAAAACACAAGAACGCUGUUGUUCCUGAUGACUGGAGUUUUGCUUAUUUACAUCCUUUCACUGAUACUUGGUUGGAAUUUUAGCUGGGGGCUUUCACAGUUUUAUCAUGAUAGAGUGAUGGAUAGUGUUUGAUCAAUCAUAGACUCUGUUUUCUUUUAUUCGUAUAUUGAAAAUGUCUGUACAUGUUUCACACACACACACAAAUAAUUCUAAAAAGGAACAAAUAACAAUGAAAGGAACUUCCAUUCUAGACUUCAAUCUGAUUCAUACAUUAGUGCUGAUAUUUGAGUCAACAUAAAUAAAGAAAUAAAAAUAAAUACAUCUAUAUAUAUAAUACUGACCCUUUUAUGUUUGACCAAACAAGAUGAAUUUAUGAGUGAUUACAGUGAAGUAAUUUAAAAGAAAAAAUAUUUAAAAAAUGUUUUUCCCCUGUUAUAAAUUGUAUAAAUCUUUUAUUGUAUGUUGAGAAAAUGAAAAAAGUUUGCCUGAAUGAAAAUGUAGCUGUUGUGACAGUGUUUGAGAAGAUGAUGUUUGGUUGGAUGAAUGUUUUGAUAAUUGUACAUACUAACUUACUAUGUUCUGUACAUUAACUACAGCUAAAAUAUUUAUAAGUUUCUUUGUACAUAUUGAUAGUAUUUCUUAUGCAAUGUUCAUUUUAUUUCAAUAGACAUGCUUUUCUGACAGUAAUAUCACAUAAUUUAGGAAAUCUGAAAAAUGUACUUUUGUUUUAUUACCUAAAAUUUUUUAUAUUUUUGAACCAAUAAAUGUGGGUAUUCAAGUAUUCAUACAAAAUUGGUAGUUUGUUGUGUCCUAUGUAUAAUAAACAUAUGGCUAAUGCA